GCUCGUUUCAGUAAUGUGCAGCUUACAGUUGAUGCAGCUGAGAUUCGGUUAUCAAUCCUUAGUGCAUGCCUAUAACGCUCAGAAACGGACUGCGUGCUGCCCACUGUCUCGAGGCUGUGCUGUCCACGGAUCUACCGGUGGACUGCCUGUUCAGAUUUGUGUAGUACAGGAGAAACUGUGUUUCAUAGUGAAAAGAUAAUGCGGGUGGUACUGGGAGCAUUUCCGUUCUUUUGAGCUAAGGACAUGCCCGACUAGGGAAACACUUUUAAUUGAACACAGUGAUUUGGCAGAUGAAUACCCUUUGGCAGACUACUUUGUUGGAUCACAACGAAUGGUGACAUUGAAAAGAUACAUUCACAUAUAAUGUCAUAAAUCAUUUAAGCUGAAUAUUGCAAAACACCCCCUUAAAGAUUAGUGAUUAUUCUAUUUGACUUUCCAGAUUAGCACCAAUUUAGAGUUCUCCUUUACCAUUGUUGUGAAUAAUUUCAGAUUGCACUUUGCUGUAUUACACUAUUUCCAUUAUUUUCACAGACACACCCAUUAUAAAAUGGCUGCUCCAAUGAAGCUCAGGGUGAUUCUGGGACCAAACAACUCUCAAAAAUUGGUCCUUCCCAAUGGGAUGCCUCCGUCUGUUGGUGAACUUUCAGACGAAGUAAAGAAACAGUGUGGAGUAGAUGGGGACUUCAGGCUUCAAUAUAUGGAUGGUGAUUUCGGGGGUGAAUUCAUUAACUUGCACAUGACAUCAGAUGUGGAGGACAAGGGGACCCUCAAAGUAAUUCUUACUUCUACCACCAGCUCUGAUAGUCCUGUUGCACUUGGAGAGCCUGAUGACAUCGUAACCCUAUCCCUGUUACCUCCUUCCCAAGCAAGCACCACAUUCCAUUUUUUGAACAGCUCCCCAUCGGUGUCUGAGUGUGACACAAAUAUACUGUCUUCUCCUGAAUCCACCUCAUCAUCACACUCCACAUCUUCAAGGUCCGCUGGAUGGCCUAGUGGCAUCUUCCCAGUGCCACGUUUUUCUUAUGAUGCAGAGCUGGAGUUGGAAAAGGCAAAUGCUGCUUUCCAGAAGGAUGGUACAUUGCUUAAUCCUAGGCAUAAACUUAAAUGUGCCAUCCUUGAUGGCUUAAAAGAGGAGAUCUUAAAGUUUAAAAUAUACCCUAAUGCCUCUGACUUUGCUGAUGUCGCCUCAGCCCUUGUAAAAGCCCAUCCUUGUUUAAGAGAGCCAGGGUCAGCCAGUGGUUAUGAUGGAUGGAAGGUGAGCUUACAGUGGAAGUUUCCAAGCUUCAGGAGACAACUUCAGGAGCUUGAAACUCCAGAGCGUACUGUCAAUGCCCUCAAAAACAAACCUGAUGGCAAAUGCAGUCCUGCCUACAGAGUUAAAAAACUAAGACGGGCUGAAGUCAAUUACUGCCCCAAUUACCCAUCAGGUGAAACAACGGAGACACUGGAGCAGAUGAGAGUGCUUCUGCUUGCAGAAGUGAAUAAAAGACACAAUGAGGAGAAUGUAAAAAAAAUGAUGGACAAGACUUUUGCUCUGAGAAGAUGGGAGAUUCUUCAAGACUGUCCUAUGGUUGCGGAUUUUAAAUUGAGGUGGCCAGCUCUAUUUCAAGUGAAUGAGGUGGAAGCGGAGUUCAAACGAAUAACCACAGUCCAUCUGCAGUCCCAAUUCUUUUCGAGGCUGGACUUGCUUGCCGACAGCCUGAUGAGGCUGUAUGCUAAGAAAGGUGGUGUUGCCGGAAGAAAAAUAAGAUCCAUUAUGGCACGCAUGACCCAGAAUGAGACCAUUAACAUCAAACAUGAAUGCGUCCUCCGUGGUCUUUGUGUUUACUUGAAUGAGGAUCCAGAACACCUUGUGAAAGAAUACAAGGCUACUGGUGAAGAAGACUUUCCAGGGGAGAUGGCAGAAAUGGCCAUGGCCAUUUUUGUCAUUACACACGAGGGUGCAGAGCCCGGAGAUAACCCAGAGAACAUUGGAAUCUUCAUGGAGGGGGUGGAGGUCCUUAGUGAGUUGAGCAGCCUGCCUUUAGCAGUAGCCAUGUUGCUGGGUCUCACAUAUACACUUAACCUGAGCUACCCAUCAGAGCACAGAUACACCUUUGAAGCUCUUCAAAAGGUUGUUAUGCAAACAGAUGACAAAAAACUAUCAACAAAAGUGCAGACACUAAAAAACAAGCUUUCCUGGCAAUCACACUAGUGAUAGGCAUACUGAAACACUAUGGCAAUGACCAUGUAAUUUCUCUGUUUUAUUUUCUGUCAUUCCGGCAUCAUUCUUAGUUUAGCUCAAAUAUGGGGGGAGGGGGUGAUUUUUUUUGUUGUUGCACUUUUUAAACUUGUAAAAUUUUGUAAUACUGAUGUGUAAGAGACACUUUCCAAAUGUGCAUUUUUUUCAGUGGAAUGUUGAAGGACAUGCAAUGCACUUUGUUUAAUUUAAUUUAAUUUAAUUUAAUUUAAUG